UCCCCAGCACGCACGUGUGGGGCGCCUCUGAAAACCACUUAGUUUUAAUCUGUUGGUUUCCCUCUCUCCCGGCGCGUGCAGGCUUUCUUCGCAUUUCCAGAAGUUUAUUUUUCCUUUCACCUUCCGCUCUAGUUUUUGUCUCCGCUUUCAUUUCUGAUGUGUGGCUUUUAUUUUUCUAAGCCACGCCACGUGUGUGCGAGGCGUGGAUCACCAUUCCCCUGAUUUCUAAUGCUUACACACGCACUUCUUAGUGCUUGCCAGAGAGAUUUUAAUGAACGCUGUGCCCAAUGUUCAGAAGUGAACUGGGGUCUCACUGAUGGAGGCAGAUAUUAUUGCAGAUCUUGCCACAAUGUUACUGAGAGAACUAGAGAAGUUGUAAACACUGAUUUUAUGACUAAUUCAAGAGUCCAGACAAUCUCUAAAGGUUCAAGAAAGCAGGAAAAAACUGAUAGAGUCUGUGAAUGGUAUGUUUGUGAAGGCUUUCAACUUAUACUCAAGAAACAAGCUGAAGCUUUAGAAGCAUUAGGAGUAUGUCCACAAAUGAAGGAUGAAGUUCUGUACAAUUUUUGGAGGUGUUACCUUCAGAAGAGCAAACAGGCAUAUUGCAACAGACCAGCUGGGGAAACUGUCAAAGCAUUAUCAGUACGUGAGAGCAGUACUGAUGUGGACAGUGAACCAGAAAGACCCAGCCUUCUGCACUUGCUGUCCCUCUCUGAAAGUGAGGGGGAUCUGCAGACUGACUGCAGCUUUGCCUCGUCCAUGAGCAAGGUUUCAGAAAGCACCUCUAUAUACUCUGGAUCAGUAGAUGGCAGCUUGUAUUUAAUGAAGAACCAAAAGGAGAAACUGAAGAUGACAAUGCCAAUGACCCUUUCAUUUUGUUACAUGGCGUUACUCUGGUUGAGAGAACCGAUUACGUUGUCUGAGCUCUUAAGGUUUGUUGUUGAAGGUCAUAUUCCAUAUCUGAAUGUUUUUCAGCAUUUUCCGGAGAAGAUGAAAUUAUGUGGACUUGAUCUUAAGAUCUUUUGUGUAGAGUCAUGGCCUGUAUAUGAAGAAGUAUACAACAAAAUGCUUGAGCUUGCGGCGUUUUUAGACCUGCCUCGUUUUCCAGAUAUAACAGACAGCUGCUUUCUUCAUCCAGACAUGUUGUGCAUCAAGUACUUGAUGGAAGCUAAUUUACCUGAUGAAUUGCAUAAUUGGACAUGUCGAGUGGUGAAAAAAAUUGGUAUUGGAGAAGUGGAUUUCCUGACUCUUGUACCUGGAAAUAAGUCAACAAGAAAAGUGAAAUAUGAUAUUCUUGCUGCAGCAGUUAUUGUAGUUGUGCUCAAAUUACUGUUUUUAUUAGAUGAUCACUAUGAAUGGUUACUUUCAAACUUUGCUGAAGAAAGAAAUAAAAAUAACAAAGAAGGUGGUCUGUAUUUUGAGUUCAAGAAGUGGUACGAAGUGGUAAAACAUUCCUUGGAUGUGGAGCAAAAGAAAUUGGAUGAACAAAGAGCCAAGUACCUGUGGAGAUGUGAAAAACCACUGUUUUAUUCAGUCAAGAAUAAAUCUAGAGUUCUAAAGAGAAGACAAAUGGUUGUGAAUUUACAAAAUCAGUUUGGCAAGCUGUCUGGUUCGGUGCGACGUGGUGAAAAGCCAAAUCCUUCAAGUUUUCAGUUAAGGUGGUCUGAAGAAAACACAGAUGGGAAUUGUUUUCAUGGGCAUAGCCUGAAGGGAAUUUUGCAAGAAAAAUGUGGUUUACUUACAGCCAUGAACCCUGACUAUUGGCUGUGUACAGUUAAACUGUGUAAUGAGAAACUGUGUGGUCAUCUGGCUCAUUACAGAGAAGUGGACUUUCCCCAGAGUUACCAUUUUGUAUUAAGGUUAUUUUCCUUUCUUCUGAGGAUUCAGCCCUCUUAUAUCCAUGACGAGGUGUGUAUGAUAGAACACAAACUUUUUAAUAAAAAGCUCUAUAAAAAGCUAAAAUACAACACAGUCCUAAGGAAGUAAAAGUGGCCUAAAACUCCCCAUAUUAAACCCAUGUAAAUUAGUUGGUUGGAUCCCAAACCAUGGUAGUACAUCUAAACUUAUACUGAUUAUUUUGUCGGCAUGGAAAUUUUUUGUUAAGAUAGUAGUGCUGAGAUCUACUACUGUACUUUAGUUUUAAUGUCAUUUUAUCUAUAAUUUAAGUCAUGGUUAUCCAGCUGGGAAAGGAAACUGCCAAGGAAACUGUAAAUCACCAUUUAUUUCAUUACUUUGCAUCAGAGUGAACAGAAAGCUGUGAAAUAACCAUUUUUUGGGGCAUAAGUUGUACAUACUUGAAGUAUACUGGACAGCAUGUUAGCAUCUAAUUAUUGUGAGAUUUUGCAAUUAAAAUAUCUAUUUUUUUACCUACCAUUGUAUGACAUUAAAUAUAUUUCUAGAAAAUAA